UUCCCAACGUUCCCGAGCAACGGAAGUGACGCACGGAGCAGGCGCGUUGGAGCGUCCGGGUUAAAAAAUGGCUGAAUAUUUAGCUUCGAUAUUCGGGACUGAGAAGGACAAGGUUAACUGCUCUUUUUACUUUAAGAUUGGGGCCUGCCGGCACGGGGACCGGUGCUCCCGACUUCACAACAAACCGACUUUCAGCCAGACCAUAGUCCUGCUCAACUUGUACCGGAAUCCACAGAACACAGCCCAAACCGCAGACGGGUCCCACUGCCACGUGAGCGACGUGGAGGUGCAGGAACACUAUGACAGCUUCUUUGAGGAGGUUUUCACAGAACUGCAGGAGAGGUACGGAGAGAUCGAGGAGAUGAAUGUUUGUGACAACCUUGGCGACCACCUCGUGGGCAAUGUCUACGUCAAGUUCCGGCGGGAGGAGGAUGCCGAGAGGGCCGUGGCUGAGCUCAAUAACCGCUGGUUCAACGGGCAGGCCGUGCAUGCCGAGCUGUCCCCCGUCACCGACUUCCGGGAGUCGUGUUGCCGGCAGUAUGAGAUGGGGGAAUGCACCCGAGGCGGCUUCUGCAACUUCAUGCACCUACGACCCAUAUCCCGGAACUUGCGCCGGCAGCUCUAUGGGCGAGGACCCAGGCAUAGGUCACCCCCAAGGUCCCAUGCAGGCCACCGUCCCCGAGAAAGGAACCGACGGCGUUCCCCAGACCACCGGCACGGUCGCUUCUGAGACUGAGGCCCUUGGUCUUCACCCCGGGGCGUGGGUGCUCCCGUCAAGCCCCCUUCAUCCCAGCCUCAAGCUUCAUAGUGCAGUCUGUCCUGUCCGACACUGGAGCCUCCUCCUCCGCCCCUCCUCC